AUGGUGGCUCAGCGACUCAGAUUGCAAAACAGACCACAUCCGGUUCCUGCAUUUAGGUACAACCCUCAUCACAACAGGGGCCAUAACCGUAACAGGUUCUCCCACAGCCAAAGUUUAAUCUCGAACAGACCUGACUCGUCACGAGAAAUAUUCCAAACACACCCUGGACAGAGACUUUCUCCUUCUGUCGAUGCCAAAAGACAGUCUAUAUUUCGAUUCCAGGGUAAAGGACAAAAUGAAAUUGAUCAGCGCCCUUUAAAUGGUGUCGCACACAAUUCAAAUCCCUCACUUCCAACUACUGGAAGAUUAGGGAAUCAUGUUCCCAAAAUAUCAUUCCACGCUACCCCACAUUUCCACGCUUCCCCAAAUAAGAUUUCAAAACCACAAUUCAGCUUUUUGUCUGCAAUGAACACCAACUUCCAAGGAACACCUCCCUUGAAAAAUUCUCAUCAAAACUUUGUAAGUUUACCUGCGAGGAAUUGGAUUCCGCCUACUCCAACUUUUUCCAGAGUUGAAACAUCUGGACCAAGUUUUUUUAAUUCUGUUCACAACAGACAACGACUUCAACCAACGUAUGUUGAUAAAAGACCCAGGCAAAUUCACCAGAGAAGGUUCACUUCUCCGUUGAAAAUUACAAUGGGAAUACAGGCAGAUCAAGGAGGUUUGGUGUCUCCACCCAUCUCGAACAUGUUACCAGAGAACAUUGUCAUCGCCAAUGCUCAAGCUAAUUCAGACAUUGUGAAAACUGAUAUGAAUUUAAUGAAACCUGUGUAUGAAACAAAAUUCAGUCCAGACAAGUUCAAGGCACCUGAAGGAAGUCUUCAAACUGUAACACCUUCUAAGCCUAUAAAUCCCGUAGUAAAACCGGUUAUGAAGGCAAAACCGUUGCAGAAGAAUGUGAAGAAAGUAAAAUCGGUUACUAAGAAGGUCAAGAAAGAGAAAGUUCGAAAGCUAAAACCUGCAGUUAAAAUUUCAAAAUCUAAGAAAUCAAAAGCACUGAAGAAGAAAAAGGUUAAGCAAACUAAAGAUAAAACAAAGAAAAAUAAUAAAACAACUCCAACUCCGGUAACACAUGCAUUAACAAAAUCACCCAAGACCACAAAGGCACCUACGACAACAGAAAAACCAGACGAUGAUCUUCUUUUCCCAGGUGGAUCUAGCGGGUCUUGGGAUAUGGAUCACGAUUUUGCAAAUUCAGGUUCUCAAGAAGUAAUGGAUUCUUUCGGUAGAGACCGGUAUCUACCAGGAUGUCACUGUACGAUGUUCUGUAGGCACGGGUUUGAAUUUGCUGGAUUUUGUGGCGCUUCGUCCGCCGAAUUCUUCCGUCCAAGAUUCUCCAAGUGCUGUCCAGUCAGGAACCCCUCAGGUGGUAGCAGUCGGCAGCUGCCUUUCUUUUUUGAUGAUUAA